GCGGUGCUGUUUCCGGUGGGCGGUGCUAACUCAACGUGUAUCGGUCCCAAAACCGGUGGAGGUCGCUGUCAAAACGUUUCCGGUGAUAAAGCUCUGUUGUGAGUCUGUGUGAACGCCGCAAGGAAGAAGGUUAAAAAUUAAAAUGUUGUCUUCUGCUGCUGCAAGAAGACUGGUAACAGGACUGUGCCAGGCAGCAUGGAGGCCAGCGAGCGCAGGGCUGGUUUCAUCUCGUGGUUACCGUGGAGACUCUCCUGAUGACACCAAGGCGGACAUGAUUGAGAUCCCUCUGCCUCCCUGGGAGGAGAAGCCGGGAGAGCCUACUGACAUCAAGAGACGCCGACUUCUAUAUGAGAGUCGCAAGAGGGGCAUGUUGGAGAACUGCAUAUUGCUCAGCCUUUUUGCAAAGCGAUACUUGAACACAAUGAGCGAGAAUCAGCUGCAGCAGUAUGACAGACUGAUUAAUGAACCAAGCAACGACUGGGACAUCUACUACUGGGCGACAGAAGCUCAGCCCACUCCUGAGGUCUACCAAGGAGAGGUCAUGGAUAUGUUGAAGGAGUUUACUAAGAACCGUAACCAGGAACAGAGGCUGGAUGCGCCAAGCUUGGAGUACCUGGAAAAAGAAAGCCAGUGAGGUCCUUGACCCUACCGACCUUCUCAGAGACUCAUUAAAGGGGCGCCUUGAAGGAAUCAGAGAUCAGCCUCCUGUUGGAGGUGUUGCUACACCUGUACAUGUACAAAUAUUGUGGACUCCAAAAUAUUUGGAAUACACUGCUGUCUAUUAAUAUCUUAAAUACUGAAGCAUGUGCGUGGUUAUCAUAGGGCAGAGAUUCAUGGACAUUGAUGCAAUUCAACAGCACCGCAUGGAAGGUGUUCUGAAAAUUGUGUUAAGUGUAUUAUAAAUAUACCCACUUGUCAAAACAUUAGGUACCCCAGUAAACAUGUAUGCUUUGUAAUAUAAUAAUAUUGAAUGUAUAACAGUCCUGCGCUAAAUCCCCGUCCACGACCCUUCGAAUGUUCAGUUUUUGUUGGAACAGGGAAGGACGGUGGAAGUUUAACUGUAUGAUCAUUUUGGAGGAUGUCAUUUGUGGUGUCGUUUAACUGGAUUGAAUAUUAUAUGAUAUUUGGCCUAGUCCAUUGACUAAGUUUCACAUCAGUGCAACACAAUGCAGUUCUAAAAUAUUAAAUAAAAUGAUUUUAUGUCAUACCCUUCAUGAAGCUAAGAUUUAGUGCAGGACUUUUAUUUGAAUGCAUUUAUUUUCACUGGUACCUCAUGAACUGAACAAGUGAGUAUAUGAUUCAACUUCUCAGUAUGUGAGAAUCUGAUGUGUACAAUGACAUCACUGUGCCUAUCAAUGACAUUAUGGGUUGCUUAAUAAAUGUCUUUGCUGUUUGA